GCUAUGAAGCCGUUUGCUCCAGCUUUCAUUCUCCUGUGGAGUGCUGUUGGGAUAGCGAGGGCUGCCAAAAUUGUUGUUGUGCCGCCAAUUAUGUUUGAAAGCCAUCUUUAUAUUUUCAAGACUCUGGCCUCAGCUUUGCAUGACCAAGGUCACCAGACAGUGUUUCUUCUCUCUGAGGGCAGAGAGAUUCCUCCAUCUAAUCACUAUAGACUUCAGCGCUACCCAGGGAUCUUUAACAGCAGCACCGCGGAUGAUUUCCUGCAGUCCAAGAUGAGGAGUAUUUUCUCUGGGAGACUGACAGCCCUCGAAUUGUUCGAUAUCCUGGACCACUAUUCCAAGAACUGUGACAUGAUAGUUGGCAACCAAAACCUCAUGCAUGCCCUGAAACAGGAAAAAUUUGACCUGCUCUUGGUAGAUCCCAAUGAGAUGUGUGGAUUUGUUAUAGCUCAUCUUUUAGGGGUUAAAUAUGCUGUCUUUUCCACUGGCCUCUGGUAUCCAGCAGAAGUGGGUGCUCCAGCUCCCCUGUCUUACGUUCCAGAAUUUAACUCGCUGCUCACAGAUCGCAUGAAUCUCUUUGAGAGGAUUAAAAAUACUGUUGUUUAUCUUAUUUCAAGAUUCGGAGUCAGUUUUUUGGUUCUGCCGAAAUAUGAAAGGAUAAUGCAGAAAUACAAGGUUCUGCCAGAACGGUCCAUGUACGACUUGGUCCAUGGAUCCAGCCUGUGGAUGCUUUGUACUGAUGUAGCACUGGAGUUUCCAAGACCUACGCUACCCAAUGUUGUUUAUGUGGGAGGAAUUCUAACCAAACCGGCCAGCCCUCUGCCAGAAGAUCUCCAAAUGUGGGUGAAUGGUGCUAAUGAAAAUGGCUUUGUCCUUGUCUCCUUUGGAGCUGGAGUGAAAUACCUGUCAGAAGAUAUAGCCAAUAAGUUAGCACAUGCCCUGGCAAGACUGCCUCAGAGAGUUAUUUGGAGGUUUUCAGGAAACAAACCUAGGAAUUUAGGCAACAAUACAAAGCUUAUAGAAUGGUUACCACAAAAUGACCUCCUUGGUCACUCUAACAUUAAAGCUUUUCUUAGUCACGGAGGUUUGAACAGCAUUUUUGAAACCAUGUACCAUGGGGUCCCAGUGGUGGGGAUUCCCCUUUUUGGAGACCAUUACGAUACUAUGACUCGUGUGCAGGCCAAAGGCAUGGGAAUAUUGUUGAACUGGAAAACUGUCACCCAGACCGAGUUGUAUGAAGCCCUAGUAAAAGUUAUUAAUGAUCCCAGCUACCGGCAGCAGGCCCAGAGGCUGUCUGAGAUUCACAAAGACCAACCUGGUCAUCCUGUUAACCGGACUGUAUACUGGAUUAAUUACAUCCUCCGUCACAAUGGAGCCCAACAUCUACGUGCCGCUGUUUACAGCAUCUCUUUCUAUCAGUAUUUCUUACUGGAUAUUGCCUUUGUUGUACUAGUGGGUGCUGCCUUACUUUAUUAUGUUUUGGCCAGGAUAACAAAAUUUAUCCGCAAACAAAGCAAACAUCUUUGGUCAAAUGACGACCAUAGCGCUGUUAAUGGACAUUACCAGAAUGGGAUCCCAAAUGGCAAGUAUAGAAGAAAUGGCCACAUUAAGCAUGAAAAAAAGGUGAAAUGAGCCAACUGCCCCAUGUAAAGUAGUAAUGAAUCAGAUCAGUAAUCGAAUUUUAUCGCUGUAACUUAGUCUAACAACUACUUAAAACCCCAAUAAGCAGUUCUAACACUCCCCUUCAGUAUGUAAUAUUAUGUGACAAAAUUCUACGGAACUAAGAAGUCUUUAAAAAAAGAAAAAGCAAGCACAACCUAAAAUGGAAAAUUUUCUUAAUACUGAUGCAGAGAGUUAUAUUGGCACUGAAGUUUUUAGAAGCCUUAAUUCUCUCAAGUUAUUCAAUGCCCAUAUUUAUGGUUUUUCAGUUUGUAAAAUCUAAAUGUGUGUGUCCCAAAUAAGGAAAGUUUUCUUUAUUUGCAGAAGUUUUUUCCUUUAUUUUUAAAUUAUUUUAAUAUAUCCAUCUUUUAGCCUGAGAGUACUUUAGGAGCUAGCUCUGUUUCCUUUGGAGGUUCAGCAUGUUGUGUCAGAAUGCUGUUUAAAAAAAAAGAACCCAAAACUUUUUCUCAGUCUUUGUGCAAGAAAGACAAGUUGCUGACUGAGAACACAGACAUUUAAAAAAAAACCUUAAAAUGAGCACUGAAGAAAAAUGGCAAAAAUAUGUAGUCAUUUUAUUGAUAAGCUGCAUGACUCUUCUGCUCACUACCA